UGCAAAAACCAACAUCUUAUGGAUUAGCAGUGGAAGGUAAUGCUGAAUCAUCCGGUUCUCCGGUUGUCCUGAAACACACACGUGAAAAAUCACUUGAUCGAUCAUCUAUUCCAGAACAUUCUAAAUCACCGGAUUUAUUACGAAAAGCUGAACUAUCUAAAGGUGCUACUCCUAUAGCUGAAAGUCGGCAGAGGUCACGAAAAAUUGAUGAUUACGAUCCAAUAGCACGAGAAAAAGAACGAGAAACUGAUCAGACAGCAACAAAUUUAACUGAGAAAGAAGAUGGUCGAUUAGGUUAUAUGAUAGCGCAAUAUGGUAAUGGUACAAUUGGUACCGCUAAUGUCACACCGGGCCAAACAAUCAGUAGUCGAACUUUUACAGAUGAUGGACGAGGUAUCGUGACGUCCACUUAUACUGCUGAAACACGUUAUAGCAAUGUAUCACCAGCUAGAACGUAUGAGUAUGCAAAAGGGACAAUGACCAAUUUACCACAUGAUGAACGAAUUGCUACACCAACAAUGUAUAAGGAAAUCAGAGCUUUUGAAAUACCAAAAACCAAAGAGCUGGUAGCUAAAUCGAUAUCAUCUGAUUCUUCACAUAAUUAUUCAUUAUUUCUCGAUCCAUCACGAUCAUCUCCAUCUGGAAUUAUUGGUUAUGAUACGAAAGCUAAGGUUAAAUCAUUGGAUCAAUUGGAAAGUGGUAGUAGUUUUAUAACAGAUAGUCGACGUUAUGAUAGUAAAUCAUUAUCAAGUGAAUAUCGUGAUUUGGAUUCAAGUAGCUAUAGUAUCCGACAAUAUGGUACAGGAAAUACAGGAAUGACAGAUCAAAAGCAAACGCAAUUGAAAUAUUUUGGUGAAGAAUCGAUAAAAUCAGAUGGAAGUAAAACAUCAAGAAAUGAUAUUGAUAUAUUAAAAACAACUUAUGAGCCAUAUCGUUCAUCAGUGAAUGAUCUCAUACAAUCUGGUGGAUAUGUUAGAAAUAAGCUUGAUUCGGAUAAACUUUAUUCAAAUGGAUAUUUGAAGCAUGACGAUGAAUCAUCAUCGUUAGCUACUAAAGGGCCAAGUUUUGAAGCACCAAUAAUAGCAUCUUAUGGUCGUGCCAGAUCAGAUAUUUCAAUUGAUAGACAACAAAAAGCUUCACAAAAACCUAUCAUCCCAUCGAUGACAAUUUUGGAACGAACCGAGGAAAUGGAACGAUUACCGCGAAAUUGGAAAUCAAUUGAGCAAAUGAAUACAGGUACUGGAUGCUAUCGAAAAAAAUUAUCAGCUAAGGAUGAAAAAGUGGAAAUAGGAGAGAGUCAUCAAUAUUCAGGUAUUGAUGAACAAAAUUAUCGUAACAUGAAUGCAAGAUUGGAUGAUGGACGACGAUGUUACGAUUCAUUACAAUUCACUGAAGAAUCAUUUCAAACUUUGAGCAGAGAUCGUGACAUGGAACCAACGUUUCUACCAACGGCACCACAACGGACAGCCGAUUAUAUGCGAACAAGAGAAGAGGAGAAAUUUGGUACAUUCCGAGAGAUGGAUUCAAUCCUUUCUUCACAACGAUUCUCAAAGAUUGAAUAUGGCGAACGAGAGGGUCAUAUAUCAGAGAUAGUGGAGGAAGCAGUAUUGACACCACGAACACGACGAAAACUUCAGGAACAAAAAAUCCGACACGAGGAAGAACUCGACGAAAAACGAGAAGAAGCACGUAAAGCGAUAAAAGACGACUUGCAUUCAAUGCAAGCAUUGGAUCGUGACGAAUUUGAGUUAUCUCAAUCGAAACCCUCAACUCCUUCACCGAUAUCCACACCUCGAGCAACUCCCAGGCUUAGUUUGAAAUUCGGAAAAGAAAAAGAAAAAAAAGGAAUAGAAGAAGGUGGUUUCAAUUUUGGUAAAUCGAAAAUAACAUCCAAGCAUGAAAUAGUACGACGUGGAAAAGAUGUUGACGUGAAAGUUGAUUCAUUAAAACUUGGCAAAGAUGAUCAGCUAAAAGUUGUUGUAGUAUUAGCAGCGAAAGGAGCAGUGGAGCGUGAAGAAAUUGAACCAAAGGUGAAGAAAUCUCGUCAUUCCUAUGAGAUAUCAUUUCGGCCAUCAGAAGUUGGAACACACAAAGUAAUGGUUUAUGUAAAUGAUACGUUGCAUCCAAUGUGUCCAUUUCCGAUUCGUGUUUAUGAUGCAUCAGAAAUUAUUGUUGGUGAAAUUGCAUCACAAAGUACUAUCAAUGAUACCGUUGAAUUUACUGUUGAUGCUGGCCGAGCAGGUUUUGGAAAUCUUGAAAUGGCAAUUAAGGAUAGUGAUGGUAUUAUUAUACCAUCUCAUGUGGCACAGUUAGAAACGGGAACUGCUAAAUUUUUGGUGACAUUUAAUCCAACUACCAUUGGAAUGCAUACCGUUAAUAUUACAUUCAAUAAAGAAGUCCUCAAAAAUAGUCCAUUCGAAGUGAAUAUUGUCGAUGAAAAGUCAGGCGAAAAUAUGGAAAAUGUUUUAAUGGAUGGAAAGAAAAAAAAUACACGCAAAGAAAAAGAGGAGAAAAAACGUGAAGAAAAAGAACGUGUGAAAAAAGAGAAAGAGGAAAAGUUAAUGGCUGAAACAUUAAAGAAGAAUAAGGGAAAAGAAACGAAGAAAAAGAAGCAUCAAAUGGAGAAGAGAACAAGCGUUUCCAAAAUUCCAUCAUUAAGCCGAGUUGGACGACCGGCGCAAAUUCUUAUUACGCUGGCUGGCGAUGAGCAGCUUGACAUUACAGUGAUAGAUCCAGAAAGAAGAAAAAUUGAAAGUUCAAUGUCCGAUCAUGAACCUGGUGUUAAAAAAAUUGAAUUUAUACCUGUGCAAGUGGGUGAUCACGAAAUUGAAGUUAAAUAUGCAGGUGCGGAUGUUCAAGGCAGUCCAUUUACUUGUCGAGCAUAUGAUCCAGCAAAAAUUAGCGUCGGUGAUAUUCCUAAUAGUGUGGUCGAUAGGCCGGUCCAUUUCAUUGUAGAUGCAAGUCAAGCAGGUGUUGGUAACUUAGAAGUAGCAGUAAACGAAGGGCGCAUACCAUCGAUGGCACAAUCACUUGGACAACAUCGUUAUGAUAUAUCCUUUGUACCGAGAGAACUUGCUGAUCAUACCAUAUCUGUUCGUUUCAACAAUGAACCUGUACCAGGAAGUCCAUUCAUUUGUCGUCUGGUAAUGGCACAAUCAAUAACAGUUUCGGGUCCCGGCUUGGAACGAAUACCGGUUGGACAAAUAGCACAAAUUUAUGUAGCUAUUGAAGGUAUGAAAGAUAUGUUACCUCAGACACAUAUUACUGAUUCACAGGGUAACAACAUUCCGGUGAGCAUAUCAAAAAGUGAUACCGAUGAUAAGAAGUAUAUCAUCUCAUAUACACCAAAGAAUGUUGGAAAUCAUCAAAUUGAUAUAAGCUGUGAUGGUAAACCAGUUACUGGAUCUCCGUUUACUUCUAAAGCAUUUGAUGCAAAAUGUGCUAAAUUGUCAUGUAUAGAAGAAGCAAUUGUUGGCCGCCCUUGUACAUUCAUGAUUGAUGCUGCUCGAGCUGGAGCUGGUAAUAUGGAAAUUAUUGUUAGUGUUGAGAAUCGAAAUGUGCCAAAUUUCGUACAGGCAGAAGGACAAGCAAAAUUUAAAGUUUCGUUUACACCACAGGAAGCUAAAGAUCAUCUUAUAAGUGUUCGAUUCAAUGGUGAUCCAAUUCCAGGUUCACCAAUGGUUUGUCCAGUGCGGGGAAGAUCAUCACAGUCGAUUGCGGGUAUGUCAGGAUCGAUGAAUACCGGAGGAAUGGAGCAAGAGAUUCGUUUAGUUGGUGAUUUAACUGUAGGACAGGUUGGACAAACAAAAGGCUUCAGCAUUGAUACAGGCGGACGUGAAACUGAUUGCAAUGUUGCCGUUAUUGAUUCGCAUGGUCAUGAAUUGGAUGUUGAAGUGGAAAAAGUAUGCAAUGGAUAUCAUGUACAAUUUCGACCUCUCAUAUCGGGUGAACAUAAAAUUGAUAUCGUUGUGAAUGGUCAACAGCUUGGUAUCGGACCAUUUGUAAUGGAGGUUUUGGAACCACCAAAAAUUGCUCGCAUUCCAUCGACUAUUCUUGCUGGCAAAGAGAUUAUCUUUGAGUUGGAUAUAAGUAAUGUCGCACGGAGAAAUGUGAAAGUGGAAGUUAAGAAUGCCAAAAAUGAAUUGGUACCAGCAAAAACAGAAAUUGGAAAUGAUGGAAUUGUUCGAGCCUUUUGCACAUUUCAUGAUGUAGGCCGUUAUUCUGUGGAUGUUUUUAUCAAUGAAAUGCCUUAUGGUGAACGACAGUAUAUUCGGGUCAUUCAAAGUGGUCGCGGUGCUGUACUCGUUGAUGAGAUUGAACAAGCUUUAGUUGGUUGGUCAUCCAAACUAAUUAUACGAACUGAACCUGGUGCCGGAAAGCACUUAUCUGUUGUCAUCGUUGAUCCAGAACGAAAUCCAGUUCCGACAUCACUGAAGAAGUUACCGGAUGAAAUAUUCGAAGUGGAAUUCAUACCACGAACAGAAGGUGUUCAUAAUAUAUCAGUGCUGGUAGGCGAUGAGCAUAUUCGAGGAAGUCCUUUCAAAAUUGCUGUAUUGGAUUUAAGCGCUGUACGUGUGAUCGGCCUAAAAAAUGAUCGUGUUGGCAUCGAACAAUGUUUCAAUGUGGAUUGGUCAAAUUCGGGUGGUACAAAUGCAGCAGUACGAGUAACAUAUGGUGGUAAAGAGGUAUCAUGCACCAUGAAACGUAUCAAAAAAGGUUUACACAUGUGCUCAUUUAUUCCACGACAAGUUGGACUUCAUCUGAUAGAUGUGUUGAUCGAUGAAAUGCUUCUACCGGAAUGUCCAUAUGAAUGUGUCAUAAGUGAUGCUGGAUCAGUACGAGCAUGUGGUGAUGCACUGACACGUGCACAACGUGGCAAAACGGCACGUUUUGAAGUUUCAUUAAAUGACACCGAACGUGGUGAACUGGAUGUAGUGGUUUCAGAUUCGCGAGGUCGACCAUUACCAGUCCGAUGUUAUAAACAACAUGAUGAUAGUUAUUGGGUGGAAUUUGCACCUGAAAAUAUCGGUCUUCAUCAAAUUGAAAUAACAUUCGCUGAUACACCAAUAACUGGUAGUCCAUUUAAAUGCAUUGUGGUUGAUCCACGGAAAGUUUUUAUUAAAGGUAUCAGUGAGCCAUUCAUUGUCAAACAACCUGCAUUAAUUACCGUGAAUCGUCAGCUAGCAGGUGGCGGUGAUUUAACCGUAGAAUUAAUUGAUCCAUCUAAUGAACCAGUUCGAUUAGAUAUGCAAACAACCCCUGAUGGUGAUGAUAUCUUCGAAUUUACCCCAACAAAAAUUGGUCAAUAUAAAUUGUCGACAAAAUUGGCUGGUUUUCUUGUUAAUGGAACACCACACACAUUGAUUGUUGAGGAGCAUGGUAAGCCUGUUUUACGCGGAUCCGCCACUGAACAUCCUGUUGAAGUGGAUCGUCCAACAAGCAUUAUUUUUGAUGCUAAAAAUGUAAAAGGAAAUCUAAAAAUCGAUGUACGAGGACCGAAAAAAACGAAAGUUCGGCAUUCAGCAAACAAAAAUGCAGACGGAACAACGGAAAUUUCAUUUACGCCAACAGAAGUAGGCCGUUAUUUAGUAAGCAUUGAGCAUAACAGUCGAACCAUUCCGGGAAGUCCAUUCGAGAUCGAAGUUGUUGAUCCACGGAAAGUAAUUGUGAAUGAUAAUUUGGCCGAUGAACAUGGAAUAUAUCAGUUCGCAGUACAGCAAAGAAACGUCAUUGAUGUUGAUGCUACAGCCGCCGGAUCUGGUAAACUUCGAGCAGAAGUUCGUGAUUGGGACGGCAAACCAGUGGGUGGUUGCGAUGUCGAGUCACUCGGUUAUGGCAAAUAUCGUGUAACAUAUUAUCCGCAGCAAUCCGGAAAAUACGGCAUCUACCUUUACUGGUCUGAUAUGGCAGUUCAAAAGGCGCAACCACUGCACGUGAUUGCUGAAGGUGAACAACCUUCAACCUCACGUGCCAUUCCGCUUACAAAUACUGCUAUGGCAACAUCACACAAUACCAUAAGAUCUCGAUCUGAGGAUCAUCAAUCUCAUGGAAGAAGCGGAACGGACUAUUUGAGAGUUGUAUUGCGAGGUGAGGGUUUAACACGGGCUACCAAUAAUGAACAAGCGGAAUUUAUCAUCGAUGGAUCAGAUGUCGCUGGAGAUGAUGGACAAAUAUCGUGUUCAUUGUUUGGACAAAAAGCAGAUAUCCCGGUACGCUUAACUCAUCUGGGAAAUAACGUUUAUAAAGCUGUCUAUACACCACUAAUAUCUGGUAUCUAUGAAUUACAGGUAUUAUGGGAUGGACAUCAUGUUCGUGGUUCACCUUUUCGAGUGCAAGUUGAUUUGCAUUCUAGUGCUGCAGAUGCUAUCGUUAUCGAUGCAAAUACACUGAAAAUGGGAAUUGUUAAUGAGGAUGUGAAAACUGUUAUUGAUACGAGAAAAGCAGGAGCAGGCUUGAUUUUUUUUGUUCUUCUUUAA